UUGUCUUGAGUCUUAUGCAAGUAUAUAGGACUUCUAGUAACUUACUCCAAGCUCUGUUUUGCAUCUCCUGGUUUAGUCUUGAGAGCUACCAGCAGCUCCAGGCGGUGAUCUUUGCAAUUGAAGAGAUCAACAGGAAUCACAAGCGUCUCCCAAAUAUCACGUUGGGUUUCCAAGCCUAUGACCCUUGUCUUGCUGUCCAGCAAAGUUUAGCUGGAACAUUGCAGGUGGUAACAGGAGAGAGCAAAGCAAUUCCCAACUACAGAUGUCUAGAUGUUCCCUUAAGCUCUGUCAUUGGUCCUUCAGCUUCCACACAUUCUCUUUCUAUCGCCUCUAUUCUGGGGCUUCAGAGAUACCCUCAGAUCAGCCAUAUUUCUACAAGCCCUCUCCUCAGUGACCGAACAAAGUUUCCAUCUUUCUUUAGAACAGUCCCCAGUGACAUUUUCCAGUCCAAAGGUCUUGCUCAGAUGGUUUUGCAUUUUGGAUGGACUUGGAUGGGGCUUCUAGCAGUGGACAAUGACUAUGGCCAACAAGGGAUCCAACUUGUCAGACAAGAGAUAAUAAAGGUGGGGGCAUGUGUUGCCUUCACAGAAACCAUCAUCCUAAGUCGACCGGAUCGCAACGCUCCACACAUUGUUAACACAAUAAAACAAUCUUCAGCCAGGGUUGUGGUUGUCUUCUCUAGUGAUAUUAACAUGUUUCCAAUAUUGGCCGAGAUGCUAAGACAGGAUGUUACCAAAAGGAUAUUUGUUGUCAGCGAAGCCUUGUCAACUUCAAGUUUCUUCAAGGGAAUGACUGCGAGGCUUGUUUCGGGCACCAUUGGGAUAGCUCUCAAUAGUGGAACAAUACCUGGCUUCAAGGAUUUCCUAAACAAAGUCCAUCCAUCUAAGCCUUCAGGAGGAACAUGGGCAAAAAAUCUCUGGGAAAAAAGUUUUGAUUGUAAAUUUAUUAAGGAGAACAAUGUGACAAGUUCUUUAACAUCUUCAGCGAAAUCAUGUACAGGAGAAGAAGACCUCGAGAGCAUAACAAACGGCUACAAUGAUGUUGACCAUUUACGAGUCACCUACAACGCCUAUACCGCGGUACAGAUCAUCGCCAUGGCUUUGGAAGACCUGAGAUCCUGUCAAAGUGAUGGAAAUGCAGGUCUUCACCAGACAUGUGCUGACAUUUUUAAGUUUGAACCUUGGAAGCUUCUACACUACAUAAAGCGAGCAAGGAUAAGACUGAGUAGUGGUCAAGAACUCUAUUUUGAUAAAAAUGGAGACCCACCGGCAGUCUAUGAUAUAGUCAACUGGCAGCUGGGACCAGACGAUACCAUAAAACACAUCAAGGUCGGAAGCUAUGAAACUACUAGAACUUCAGCUGAAGUUUUCCACAUAAACACAAGUAUCAUCCAGUGGCCUACCGGAGAACAGAUGGUUCCUCUCUCGGUCUGCAGUGAGAGCUGUCCUCCAGGUUUCAGGAAGGCGACAAGAAGAGGACAACCUGUCUGCUGUUUUCAAUGUGUUCCAUGUCCUCAAGGGGAAAUCUCCAACCAAACAGAUGCUUUGGAUUGCAUCAAGUGUCCAGCGCAUAAAUGGCCAAACCUUGAAAAAUCUUUAUGUCUCCCAAAAGCCAUAGAAUUUCUGUCCUAUGAAGACCCAUUGGGAUCAACCUUGGCAGUGACCGCAGUCAUUUCCUCCUUAGUUCCUACGUCCAUAUUGCGGCUUUUCAUGAAAUAUAAGAAUAGUCCCAUAGUGAAAGCAAACAACUACCAUCUAAGCUGCUUUCUCCUGUUCUCAUUGACUCUAUGCUUCCUCUGUUCCUUGGCUUUCAUUGGUCCACCCCAGGCUGAGAAGUGUCUCCUACGACAGUGUGCAUUCGGUAUUGUUUUUACACUUUGUGUCUCUUGUAUCUUGGCCAAAACUAUGACAGUAGUGUUGGCUUUCACGGCUAGGAAACCAGGCAGCUGGCUAAAAAAAUGGAUAAGUUUUAUGGUUUCUUUCUCAUUUAUAUUCAUAUGUUCCUUAUUACAAUUCAUCUUGUGCAUUGUUUGGGUGUCACUUGCUCCGCCAUUUCCCCAGUACAUUAAUACACAAAUACAACCCACUAUUAUCAGCUAUGAAUGUAACGAAGGGUCACCUAUGGCAUUUUGGUGCAUGUUGGGAUAUCUUGGCCUCUUGGCCUCUAUCAGCUUCAUUGUAGCUUUUAUGGCCAGGAGACUUCCCGACAGCUUCAAUGAAGCUAAAUUCAUCACUUUCAGCAUGUUGGCCUUCCUUAGUGUCUGGGUGUCUUUUAUUCCGGCCUACCUUAGCGCUGUAGGAAAGUACACUGCAGCUAUGGAGAUAUUUGCCAUUCUUUGUUCAAGUUGGGCUCUGGUCAUCUGUAUGUUUCUUCCUAAAUGUUUCAUAAUCUUGUUCCGACCCAAUAUGAACUCUCGAGAAUACCUUGUGAGGAAAAUUAGGUUCCAACGUCACAGAUGA